AUGGUUCGCAGCGUCCUCAAGGCCUUUGUGGCCGCCUCCGCCCUCACCUCGUUUGUCGCUGCCCAGCAUCAGACCAGCGGCGGCGGCACCGAGAAGCACUCGAGCGUCAGCGAUGACAAGAUGGGUCCCGCCGCUUUCAUGUGGCCCCCAGACCGUGUCUGGUCCGGCGACAUGGACAACGUGCCGCCCUGCGGCUCUCGCGCAACCGCCGGCAACAGGACCAACUUCCCUCUGGUUGGCGGCGCUGUCUCCCUCGUUGGCCAGGAUGACUACUACAACUCGAGAAUUAGCAUCUCGUACAAGAGCGACCCGACCACCAACGAGGACUUCACCGUGCUGGUCGAGAACCCGUCCAUCUCCGACCUCAACCCGGGCCACACCUGCGCCAUGAUCCCCGACGCCCCGUCCCACAUCACCGCCGGCACCAACGCCACCCUCCAGAUCAUCUACAAGGCCGACUGGGACGCGCCCCACAACCAGACCUUCUACGCCUGCGCCGACAUCACCUACGUCAGCGCCGCCGACUUCAAGACCCGCAUCCCCUGCUUCAACGCCACCGAGCCCGGCGAGGACGACAAGAAGUGGGCCGCCGCCGCCAGCUCGGCCGCUGCUGCGAACCCCUCGUCCACGUCCUCCUCGUCCAACUCGGGCGCCUCGACCAGCGGCGGCAAGAAGGGCCUGUCUGGCGGCGCUAUCGCCGGCAUCGUCGUCGGCGUCGUCGGCGGCAUCGCUCUGCUCAUCGUCGGCGGGUUCUUCUUCUACCGCCGCCGCCAGCAGGCUGCUACCAAGGCCAGGCUCGCCCGCAUGGAGGACAAUGCCCGCAAGCACGACUGGACCGGCACCGAUGCCGCCUCGCACAACAGCCGCAACAGCGUGCAGCUGAAGAACCUCCCGUAG